GCGUUUUGUCGCCGUCGCUGAGCGUGCGCAGUCGCGGGUUGUCGGUUGUCUGCCCGUUGUUCCGUUCUGGGAGUACAUUGAGUAAGAAUAAAGAAUGUCACUGAUGGUGCGAUUACAAGGUCUUCCACCGUCUGCAGACGCCAUUCACAUUCGAGAUUUCUUUACCGGAUUGAAGAUUCCGCAAGAAGGUGUUAAUAUUAUUGGUGGGGUGCAUGGAGAGGCGUUUGUUACAUUUGAGAACAGCUAUUAUGUUUCCGUGGCUGUUAUAAGGUCAGGACAACAUCUGAUGGGUUCUCCUGUCCACAUUUCAGCUGUAUGUGAGUCUCAGUCUGUCCCCGGUUAUGUCCGUGUAUCGUUUAGACCCUUAGAUGCGACACUUUCUGAUGUAAAAAAGUUUUUCAAAGAGUUGUCUGUGGAAAGUGUUCUUUUCUUAACAGCAAACAGAGUGAGGAACGGCGACGCCCUUAUAAAAUUCGGAAAUAUAAUCGACGUCCAAAAAGUCCUGUCAGCAUUUUCGUCACCUAACAAUAAAAUCCCUAUUAAUAAAUUCAAAAAUCUAAAGACCUUUACCGUCCUAACUGCAAGGAAGUCACAUGAAACGGAAUGGGUCCGGUGCUGUGGUAAGAAGCUUUGUAAGAAGACCAGUCAAGCCAGUUCAGCUUGCAAGCUUAAACCAGAAAUGCCCAGUGCUAAGGGCCCCACAGUUCACAUUCGCGAGUGUUAUGCGCAUCUGGUGAAUGUAAGUCCUCGGGCCAAACGAUCACACAUAAGGAAGUUUUUGCACAACCUUGUCGUUGACUCUCAGAUAACAUUUGUGUACGAUAAAGGUGGCAAUAGACUACGGGAAUGUUUUGUGAUGUUCGGAAUAGAAAAUGAUUACGUACGGGCCCUGGAGUUGGACAAAGCAGUCUUCAAGGGUCAUCGUUUGCGAGUGUUGCCCGUCUCCAAAGAAAGUAUGAUGGACAUCAUUCAACGUAGGAAAGAAAUGGCCCCAGGGAAUCCAGGUGCGGAGGAAGAAGCGACAGAUCCGAACACAAAAUACUUAUAUGUAAGAAACUUUUCAGCUUGUGUGGAUAAAUGGGAUGUGCUCGCCUUUUUCACUGGGUUUUCAUUGACCGAAAAGGACAUAUGCCUGUUGUAUGAUAAUAACGGGGACAGUCUCGGUGAAGCUCUUGUCAAAUUUGCAUCCAAAUGGGAAGCGAUAAAGGCUGAGAAAUUAAACCACAAAAGAUACCAAGGCACAGAGAUCCUGUUGAGGCGCAUCUCUCGGAAGCAGCUGAAAUGUUUCAAUGUUGACUCUUUCCUGAACCAUUCGACAGACAUGUCGGACACAGAGGUGACUGGAGCAGAUGUAUGUGUGAGCGAGGUGGAUGACUCGCCGGAAGCCACCUCGGAUAAUAUGCAGUGACUUAAGUGCACCAGGUGGACUGUGGACAUUCAUUGGGUUGUGCACGAAGACCACACUUGUAAGGAAAUGAAUGCAUCUGCUGUUCUGACUGAUUCUAGGUUCCUUUUGUUGGAGGUUCAAAAUAAAACAUUUGUUAAAAACCUACAUUAUAUGCCAAAAACCUGGCACACAAAGUAUUAGAAAUCCAAAGUAAUAUAGUGAAGAUGUUCUGUGCAUUCAGGAUGGAGCUGGUAAAUUGCAGACCGCUGACACAAGAGCAGAUAUGGGAAAUUGGCAUGUCAGUAAGGUGUUGAUUCAGAAUGAAAGGGGUUGUGCAAUGGCUUAAUAUUGAUGGCCUGUCGUCAAGAUGGGUCAUCAAUAUCAGAUCGGUGGGGGUCCAACCCUCGGCACCUCUGUUUGAAGUGGUCAUGCAAGAGCUGCUUCCUUUUUAAAACUACCAGUGCGCUGCCUUCUAUGCAAUGGCGGAGCAGUGUUAUUACAACUGCUUGUCCCAUUUACUUGAGGAUAGGUCAUCAACAUUAAGCCACUACACAACCCCUUUAAGCAAAACCGCAGGGAAUUUCAAUGUGUUAUUUAAAGUGCAUCUGUCAUCACGUACCAGUAGGUGAAACGUCGGCCACUGUACAUAAGGGUCUGAUGCUAUCUCU